AUGGCGCCAGACCUCAACUCCCUCCCGCCCUCGCCGUUGCCGGGGGGGAAGCCCGCCGUCAACUUCACCCGGAGUGGUCUCACUACCGCCAACGGCAUGAAUGGCGCAGCAGAGAAGCCGCCCAACAUCCUCUACAUUAUGGCCGACCAGCUCGCCGCGCCUCAGCUCAAGAUGUACAACCCGGACUCCCAGAUCCUGACGCCCAACCUGGACGCCCUCGCCGCCAGAUCGGUGCAGUUCGACUCGGCGUACUGCCCGUCCCCCUUGUGCGCACCCUCCCGCAUGAGCAUGAUCACGGGCCUGCUGCCCAUGAAGAUUGGCGCGUUCGACAACGCGGCCUCGAUCUCGAGCGACAUCCCCACGUACGCGCACUACCUGCGCCUGAAGGGGUACCACACGGUGCUGGCGGGCAAGAUGCACUUCGUGGGGGACCAACUGCAUGGCUACGAGACACGGCUGACCAGCGAUAUCUACCCGGGGGACUUCGGGUGGGUGGUGAACUGGGACGAGCCGGACACACGGCUGGAAUGGUACCAUAAUGCCAGCUCGAUCCUGCAGGCCGGCGUGUGUGUCCGCAGUAACCAGCUUGACUAUGACGAGGAGGUCAUGUACCGGUCCACGCAGUUCCUGUAUGACCAUGUGCGGGAAGGGCCUGACAAGAGGCCAUUUUGCUUGACGGUCUCCCUGACGCACCCCCACGAUCCCUACACCAUCGAGCAGAAGUACUGGGAUCUCUACGAAGGCGUCGACAUCGACCUGCCCAAGGUCAAGAUCCCCAAGGAGGAGCAGGACCCGCACAGCAAGCGCCUGCUCAAGGUCUGCGACCUCUGGGACAAUGAGUUCAGCGACGAGCAGAUCAAGCGGGCCAAGCGGGCCUAUUACGGCGCCGUCAGCUACGUCGAUGACUGCGUCGGCAAGCUGCUCGACGUGCUCAAGCGGUGCCGGCUGGACGACAACACCAUCGUCAUCUUCAGCGGCGACCACGGCGACAUGCUCGGCGAGCGUGGGCUCUGGUACAAGAUGAACUACUUUGAGUCUUCUGUCCGCGUUCCCCUGCUCAUCUCCUACCCCAAGCAAUUCACGCCGCACCGCGUGACCGCCAACGUCUCAACUCUCGAUAUCCUGCCGACCAUGUGCGACCUCGUGGGCACCAAACCGGCCCCCUAUCUCCCGAUGGACGGCAUGUCCCUCCUGCCACACCUCGAGGACCGCGCGGGCGGCCACGACGAGGUCUUUGCCGAGUACACGGGCGAGGGCACCGUGCGCCCGCUCAUGAUGAUCCGUCGCGGCAAGUGGAAGUACGUGACCUGCCCGGCGGACGGGUCGCAGCUCUACGACAUGGAGGCGGACCCGUUCGAGCUGGAGGAUCUGGUGCGGAGCGGGCGGGCGGCGAGGGACGAGAAGGUCAAGCGCGUGUUUGAGGCGUUCGAGCAGGAGGCGAGGGAGAGGUGGGAUUUCGAGGACAUCACCCGCCAGGUGCUGCAGUCGCAGCGGAAGAGGAGGCUCGUCUGGGCCGCGCUGACCAAGGGCAAGUUCACCAGCUGGGACUACAACCCGCAGGAUGACGGGCGGGAGAAAUACAUCCGGUCGCACAUUCCCUUGGACGACCUUGAGCGCAGGGCGCGUUUCCCGGCUGUCGAUGAGUUUGGGCGCGAGACGGGGUCGGUUAUUGUUACCGACCAGGCCGGGUCUCACGGAGAGUGAUUGGAAGUGCAGAGGAUUGGGAACCGAGCUGAGGUGGUGUUUGUUUCUUCAUGACGGGAUUCCGCGAUGUUUUGUUGUCUUAAGGCUCUGAUGACUAGCGCGGCGUAGAGCGUUUGCGGACUUGUUUGGUGGUACCUUAGGAUGCAUUAGAUUCCAGCAGUAAUGAAACUGCCUUGCGUUUGGUCGGUAUCGUUACAACGGGAAUGAACUGAGUGCCACUAUUGGCAUUGACUGUG